AUGGUAGCUAGUACAGUACAAGAUUCUCAAGUUUUUCAAAGAGUAAUCUCCGAAAAGUCCCCAAUCCUAACUAAAGCAAACGGGAUGUACAUCACUGUUGAAGAUCCAGUCAGUGGGGAGCAAAAGGAAAUUAUCGAUGCCAUGACAGGUGCGGCAGUGGGUUCCCUUGGUCAUCAGGAUGCUGAGAUCGUUCAAGCUAUGUGUGAUGCUGCGAAGACUUCCAACUAUUCAUUUGGUAUUUAUCUUGGAAACCGUGCCAGUGAAGAGCUCUCUUCUUUUAUUAUAGAACAUUCCCCUAAAGAUCAUUUUGCAUCUUGUUUAUGGGUUGGUUCUGGAUCUGAAGCCAACGAAAACGCAAUGAAGAUUGCCAAACAAUAUCAUCUUGAAAAAGGUGAUAGCAAAAGAUAUAAGUUUAUUUCAAGAUUAAACUCUUACCAUGGUUUCACGAUCGGCUCUUUGUCCAUUGGUGAUGGUAUUAGAAAAGCAGAAUUUAAAGAUAUUCUAUUGUCUGAAGAUCAAACACCAAAGGUUUCAGCAUGUUACCCAUACAGAGGUAUCAAAGGAGGUAUGACAGAAGAAGAUUAUACUAAAGAAUUGCUUGACGAACUUGAGCAGAAGUUUAUUGAAUCGGACCCCAACACUGUCGCUGCAGUUUACUUAGAAACCGUUGGGGGUUCGAGUUUUGGAACAUGUUUACCACCAAAAGGUUAUCUUGAUGGCGUGAAAAGAAUAUGUGAUAAAUAUGGUGCAUUAUUCUGCCUUGACGAGGUCAUGGUAGGUUUAGGUAGAAAUGGUAAAUAUCAUUGUUAUGAAUCAUUCAUGUCACCUGGAUUAGGUCCUGAUUUAAUGACAGUCGGUAAAACCAUCGGGUCCGGUUAUGUUACACUUGCUGGUGUUUUAAUCUCACCAAAAGUUAAGGAUGCGGUUGUUGCUGGUUCUAAUGCCUCCAACGGUGCACAGACAUACCAUUGCCAUGAAUUCAACUGCAAAGUUGGUUUGGAAGUCCAGAAGAAGCUCUGGAGGGAAGAUUACUUCAGCAAGGGUGCUAAAGUAGGUAGAUACAUGAUGGAACAAAUCAAAGAAAGGACCAAGAGUUUCAAGACCGCCGGUGAUGUGAGGGGUUUGCCAUUGUUUUUCUCUGUCGAGCUAUGUGACCCAGUAACAAAACAACCGCUUCCACCAUCAUACAAAUACGCUUACAAGGUUCAAGAUAAAUGCUUCGAAAAGGGAAUCACUACAAUGGGAUUCCAAGGGACCGCCGGUUCCACUACCGAUGCUGAUGGUAAAAUUGUUGGACUUGGAGAUCAUAUCAGUCUUGCCCCAGCAUACAUCAUCACUCAAAAAGAAGGUGAGCUUAUUGUGGAUGCCUUUGUUAGUGCACUAGCUGAAGCUGAAGCUGAAUAUUUUGCCUCUAUAUAA